AUGUACAUGGCUAAGCAUCUGCCAUCCUCGAGCAGGGACAUGUUUUCCAACCCCGUCUUCUACCACAAUCACUGGCGCAACGAGGAGGCAGACUGUGCGAAGUGCCUCGCGCGCAACUCGUUUGCUGGCCCCGCCACUGGUGACUUCUGGCACCACCGGUACCUGCAGCAGACCGUACAAGUGUACGCCGGCAACAUAGCCGAAACCCCCAGCUCCGUCACAAUCUCCCUUCCGCAAACUACGGUCGUCUCUGACGCGCCUAAUGGCGGUACGUCCGCCCAGCGCGGUCCUCUCAAGGAUGUCAUCGAAGCUUCUUGGAACUCGACGGUGACCUACGACUGGGCGCAAUACGGUGAGGCGAAGGCCAAGGACCUGCAGUUGAUGCCCACUACGGACAGGACCUUCGCGUUCGACCCUGCCAGUCUGAACUUCCAUAACAGCAAGCCUGCGCGCGGCCAGCCGGCGAGCCCAGAGUUCGACUGGGGCAAGUCGGCGUACGCCUUCAUCGCGACCGCGUGCCCCUUUUCUUGGAACACCGGAAAGGAUCAGGAGGUCAACGAGACGCCGCCGAAGAGCGCGGCGGACACUGGCACCAGGCAUGACAUCACGCUCGUCCCGUAUGCAGCUACCAAGCUGCGUGUCGACAAGCUCGCUAUCUUGUCUUCUUGGCGAAAUACAUUGCUAUAG